GUCUUUAACGAUUGAUAAUAAUAAUUUAAAUUUCAUAUGUAAAUAAUAAAUCGACAAAAAAAAAACACGUGUGUAAUUAUUAUCUGAAGAAUAAAAUUUUUCAAAUAAAUCAUAAAACAUGAUGUUGAUUAAAAAUUUUUUUCGGAGAAUUUACAAGGAUUUUCGUCACAAGGAGUUGCUUCCUUUGAAGAUGUUAUUUUUUGUUCAAGCAUCAACUCUGUAUGUACUCUAUCCAUAUCUAACAAUUCACAUGCGUGAAUUGGGUAUUAAUGUUGAAGAAACAGCAAUAAUGAGUGCUGUAACUCCAUUUGUGGCAAUUAUUAUGCCACCACUUGCUGGUCUUAUUGCUGAUCGAAUCGGAAAUUUUAAGAUACUUCUUUCAUUUUUUUCAUCACUUGGUGGUGCUGCGGCUCUUCUCUUGCUGCUGGUUCCAGUUGGAAGAGUAACGGUCAAGUAUCCACCGCAUAUUAUAAUGGAUCUAGAAUGUUCUGAUAAUGAUGGCAGUAUGUUUUAUUCAAUAAAUCAAGAAAGCCAAAAUUGUGAAUAUAAUAAUCAGCAAGAAAUAUUAACAAAUAUUCAAAGUUGUGGAUAUGUUUGUCAUAUUGAUUUUGAUAAUUCAAUGGAUCUCAAAGCACUGCUAACUUCAAAAAUAUAUACUGUUGAAAAAUUUGAUACUAAAAAUAAUAUCAAUAAUUCAAUAAAAUAUUCACGAUCAAAUGAAGACUUUUUGCAGUCAAUAGCAAAUGAAGCUGAAUAUAUAAAGGAAAGUAGAUUAUUGAGAAACAAUGAAUUUUACAAUACAUCAAUAAGACAAAUGUCGAAGAAUUUUUUUUACUUUCCAACACCAAAAUUGUUUGAUUUUUCAUGCUCAAAUAAUCAAAGAGAAAUUAAUGGAACAAAAAAUUAUAUUGAUGAUAAAAUACAGUGUGGUUUUACAUCUGCAUUUGAUGGUUCGAGGAAAAAUGAUUUUAAGCCAAUUAAAAUUAAAAUAAAAAAUCAAGAUGUAACUGAAGCUGAUGAGGAUGAAAAAAAAAAAAGAUUUAUUAUUGAAGAAAUUUUUAAACCUGGAAAUAAUUAUAGCAAAGCCAAGUGUGAUAACAGCUUUGGUAAAAAUGAAAAAAUAAUGAUUAAUAUACCAUUGGUUAAUUGGACAAUUAAUUCAGAGGUUUAUAAAAUUAUUCAAACUCAGGAGUGCAGUGAGAGAUGCAUUGUUACCGCAAAUAGAAAAAAUAUGUGUUCCAAUAUGCAGACCAUUAUUGAGUAUGAUGUUUCUUUGACUUUUUGGCUGUAUUUAGGAUUCAGAGUUUUUACUGGUAUUAUCAGUGGCACUGCAUUUGCAAUGUUUGAGGGUGCUGUAAUAGCAAUUCUACGUGAACAAAAAGCAGAUUACGGUCUCCAAAGAAUUUACGGAAGUAUAGGAGGAAUGAUAUCAUCACCAUUAUCCGGAAUGCUAAUCGACUAUGCAAGUCGAGGAAAAGAAUACUCUGAUUUUAGACCAGCAUUUUAUUUAUAUGCAGCAUUGAAAAUAGCCUCAGGUGGUUUGAUGCUAGCGAUAAAUCUUGAAUUUAAAUCACCAGCUAAAAAUGUCGUUGGUGAUGUAAUAUCAGUCUUGAAAAAUAUUGAGAUUGUUGCACUUUUAUUGGCAUGUUUUGUUCUUGGAACUGCCUGGGGUUACAUUGAGUCAUUUUUAUUCUGGCUAAUUCAGGACCUUGGUGGUUCAAGGUCAUUGAUGGGCAUCACCAUAACAGUUGGUGGAAUUGCUGGAAUUCCUCUGCUAGUAUUAUCAGGACCAAUUAUCAAUAAAAUUGGUCAUGCAAAUGUUCUAGUCAUUGGUUUUGUAUUUUAUGCUGUUCGUCUUGUUGGCUAUUCGUUGAUUUACAAUCCUUGGCUUUGCCUCGUCUUUGAAGCUUUGGAAUCCGUGACGACCUCGCUCAGUUUUACUGCAGCAGUUACAUAUGCUGCAAAACUAUCUACAACUACAACAGACACAUCGAUUCAAGGUCUUCUAGGCGGUCUUUAUUAUGGUGUUGGAAAAGGAUGUGGCAGUUUGAUUGGUGGAUUUUUAAUUAAAGCUGUUGGUACAAGACCCACCUAUCAAAUAUUUGCAGCGGUAACAUUUUUCAUGGGAAUUGUUUAUUUCUUUUUUAAUAUUUUGUAUCUUCGGAAACAUCAAGUUGAAGGCAAUGACAUUGUCAAAAAGAAACCAAAGAAAACACAAGAGCUCAAUGGAAUUGAUAAUGUUGCACUGGACAUUAAUGAAAAAAUUGAUAAAAAAGCUAUUAAAGCAAAUGAGUCAGAUAAAAUAAAUAAUAUUGAUUCAAUAAAUGAUAAAAAAAAUGAUAAUAAUUGUAACAAUGAGUCAAAUGAAUUGAAAAUUAUUAAAACAAUAAAUAAUGAUAAUAAUAAAAAUAAUGCAAAUGAAGAAAAUAAUAAAAUUGAUAAUUCAACAGUUAAAGUUACAACGGAUAUUGAAAAUCAACAUGACAGAUAAAUUAGAUUAUUAAUUAAAUAAUAUUGUGAUUGAAGAACCAAAUAAAAAAAAAACAAUAAAGAAGUGAAAAGUGAUAGUGAGAUAAUAGUAAUUAACAAAGCAUCUAAAAAGCCUUUUAAUUAAUUUAAAAAAAAAAAAAUAACAAUAAACAAAAAUAUCCAUAGGUAAAACAAAAAAUAAUCAUUGAAAUAUAUUUUUUUUUUUGAAAAUAAACUCAUCGCACAAUUUUUGAUUAAAUUAAAUAAUAAUUUUUAAAAUUAUUUUAAUAUUUUUGUUUUUUUUUUUUUUAAUAUAAAAUUAUUUUAAUUUAAUUUUUAUUUUAAUUUAAUAUACAGGGCAUGUAUGGGGUUAAAUGGACACUUGAAAAAAAAUAUUUAUUUUUUAAUAAAUCUAGCAGUAUAAAAAAAAAAAUAAUUUACUAAUGGAAAUAUUUAAAAAAUAAAUCUAAUACUGUAUAAAACAAAUAUGAAAAUUAUAACGAAAUUCGAUUAGUUUUUUUUUUAAUCGAAAUCUUUUUUCAUUUUUUUCGAUUUCGAAAUUUAAUAAUAGUGUGUCCAUUUCACCCCAAGUUUUCUAAAUAAAUAAUAAAUAAAAAAUCUACAUAAUAAUUAUUAUUAAUUAUUGUAUAAUAAAAAAAAAAAAUGACGUAUGAAUUUUUUAGUCACGCGAAAAAUAAUUACCAACAAGAUACAUCUUUUCGCGUGAUGGAAAAUUAAAAAAAAAAAAAAAAAACUAAAUUAUAAUUAAUAUAUUAUUUCUUGAAUGAAAACAUAUAGAUAUAUAUUUUUUUUAAUAUUUAAUUCUGUGUACUUUUAACAAUUUAUAAUGUUUAUUUUAUAAUUUAAUUAAUUUUAAAUAGUAGUAUUUAUGACACAUGACAAUUUUAAAAUGUUUGACAAUAAUUUACGACGUUUUUCUUAUUAAAUCAAUAAACAAAUCUUUA